UUAUCGAAAAUUCAGAAGGUAAUGGCUAGCUUAAUACUUAUUUUGAUUCUUCAAAUUACAAGAAUCAAGGGGGAAUACUCUAAGUAGUUUAUUUUAAAGUAAAAGAGCACGUGUCCAGUUCUUGAAAUUAUUUAAACAAACCUUAAUUUUUACUCCUAUCAUCAGUUUGAUUGUUAGUAACAUGCACUUCUUCCAUUCUGGUGAAGACUUGGCCUCUCUGAUAUUCUCUCAAGAUGAGCUAUAAGUAGACUAUUUUCUUGCUAGAAAAACCAUAAAAAUUUAGCCAGUUUUAUAGACUAAAAUGGGGAAUAAAUGUUGAGGUAGCGGAGGAAAGAAGAGUUCCAAGGUUGGAAAUCGCACUGUUGGCUCAGAAAGAGACCAGUCUCUUAUCCACAGUGAGCAUGAAGACUCCAAUAGAGUAGAAAGAAUCAAUAACAAUGAAGAUAACCAAGGAAAGUUGCUGAUUAGCAAGGGUGAUUUCAUCAAUGAACACAAUGUUGACAAUAUCAGAGAGGAUUAUCAAAUCGGUAAAGUUCUAGGCACUGGAGCCUUUGGAGAGGUCAGAGUUUGCACACACAGAAAAUCAGGCAUCAAGAGAGCGGUAAAAAUCUUGAAAAAGAACUUUCUUAAAGAAGAAGAACAGAAGAAGUUCUUCCAUGAAAUAGAGAUUCUUAAAUAAAAUGGAUCAUCCGAAUAUCGUUAGACUGUAUGAAGUGUAUCAGGAUCACAAGAGAUACUUCAUCAUCACAGAGCUCUGCACUGGGGGAGAACUCUUUGAUCAGAUCAUCAAGAGACCUUACUAUAGUGAGAGAGAUGCUGCUAUAAUCAUGAAGCAAGUCCUUUCAGCAGUUUCAUACUGUCAUGCUGAGAAUAUUGUGCACAGAGAUUUGAAACCAGAGAACCUCUUGUUAGACUCAGAUGGGUCUGGGGCAAUUAUUAAGGUGAUUGACUUUGGAACAUCACAGAAGUAUGAUCCCGAGAAGAAGAUGCACCAGACAUAUGGAACUCCAUAUUAUAUUGCUCCUGAAAUUUUAGCAGGAGAAUAUAAUGAAAAAUGUGAUGUCUGGUCCUGAGGAGUCAUCAUGUACAUCCUUCUAUGUGGAAGACCCCCAUUCGAUGGUCAGACAGAUGAUGAGAUUUUAGAAAAUGUCUCUAAAGGAACUUAUAAAACUGAUUCUGCAGUGUGGAAAAAUGUAUCCAAGGAGGGACUUGACUUAGUCCAAAAGAUGUUGAAAUUCGAUCCUGAGAAGAGAAUUGCAUCCAAGGAUGCUCUCAGUCAUGCCUGGAUCAAGAACCUCACAGAAGGAAUUAAUGUUGACCAAAACUUAGCUUCAGGAGCCUUGAAGAACUUGCAAGAAUUUAGAGCCGAAAGGAAACUUCAGCAAGCUGUAUGCACAUUCAUGGUUUCACAAAUGGCAACAAAGGAAGAAAUGGAGGAACUUCAGAAAGCUUUUUCAUCUCUUGACAGUAACGGGGAUGGUAAACUUUCAAGAGAGGAGCUCCUUACUGGGUUCACUGAAAUUAUGGGUGAAGCCACUGCUGAAGCUGAAGUAGAACGUAUCAUGUCCUUAGUUGACACUGAUAAAAAUGGAUGGAUAGAUUAUUCAGAAUUUGUAAUGGCUACUCUUAACAAAAAGAACCUUCUCUCUGAUGAACGUCUGGAGGCAGCGUUUAAAAUAUUUGAUAAAGACAACAAUGGCUUCAUUGAUGCUUCUGAAAUCAGAGCUGUCCUCGGAAAAGGAAAGAACUUGGAUGACCAAGUUUGGGAAGAACUUAUCCACGAAGUUGACAUAAAUGGAGACGGUGAAGUCUCAUAUAAGGAAUUCAAGAAAAUGAUGCAGCAACUCAUUGGAGGAAAUGAUGGAGAUUAAUUAUUAUUAUUUUGUUUUUCAAGUGUG